CGCAUGCGCAGUUAACAGACUUCCGGAGCACGAGCUGUGUGGAGGUAGUACUGAAUUAGUGUAAAGCUUCAACCCGGAGUUUAAUUUGAUGAGGAUCGGUGGUGGAAUUCUCUCGGAGAAAGUUUCGUAAAAAGGACUGUAUCAAGAAUACUGGUUGUCAGACGCGUGCAGAGUUUCCUGAGAAGUUAUUUAAUAUCUGAUGCAAUAUGGCAACAAUACCUCGCACUCUCAUAAGGACCAUCAUAUGCCUCCGGGAGAGUGGACGUCAUGUAAAGUUGUCGCCACUGGGACUUGUUCGAACUGUAUCUAACACAUGUUCCGGGGAGCAAACUAAAGAGAAAAUGCCGAUCUUUAGAGCCCCAGUGUCUGGAGGAGGACGUGAAGGCGGCGGUGGUGGUGGUGGUGGUUCAGCUCGGACAUAUCUCCUUGGAGCCGCGGCGUUAGGACUGGGGCUGAGUGGAGCUGCUUUACACAGUGAGCGGGAUAAAGAUGUCUCUCAGGGGACACGAACUCUCACAAACACUGUAAACCACUUCCUCAUACCCCAAGCUUACUGUGCUGCCCCAUACAAAGACGACACUCCGCGGUAUAAAUACAACUUUAUUGCGGAUGUAGUGGAGAAGUCAGCGCCAGCUGUAGUCUACAUUGAGAUAUUAGGGCGGCAUCCAUUCUCUGGCCGUGAGAUCCCUAUCUCUAAUGGAUCUGGCUUCAUCAUCAAGGCUGAUGGCCUCAUAGUGACCAACGCUCAUGUAGUAGCCAACAAGCGUGGGGUUCGUGUCAAACUUGCCAACGGAGAGACAUACAAUGCCACUGUACAAGAUGUGGACCAGGCUGCAGACAUUGCAACAAUUAAAAUCAAUGCCAAGCAUCCCUUGCCCACAUUGCGUCUUGGAAAGUCGUUAGAUGUACGUCAGGGGGAGUUUGUGGUUGCCAUGGGGAGCCCUUUCGCUCUGAGGAACACCAUCACAUCUGGAAUAGUUAGUUCGGCUCAAAGAGGCAGCAAAGAGCUGGGGCUGUCUAAUGGCAACAUGGACUACAUACAGACCGAUGCUGCCAUAGAUUUUGGGAAUUCAGGUGGUCCACUUAUUAAUUUGGAUGGUGAGGUCAUUGGUAUUAAUACCAUGAAAGUGACGGCUGGGAUUUCCUUUGCCAUUCCCUCUGACAGGCUUCGUCUUUUCCUUGAGCGUGCAGCUGACAAAAAGAGUUCCUGGUUUAGUGGGUCUGAAAACAAACGGCGCUACAUAGGAGUGACGAUGUUAACUCUCACACCCAGUAUAAUCGCUGAGUUGAAGAUGCGUGAUCCCUCCUUCCCUGAUGUAGCACAUGGAAUCCUCAUCCAUCGUGUCAUCACUGGCUCUCCAGCCAGCAGAGCGGGUAUGAAACCAGGUGACAUUGUGGUGGAGGUCAAUGGCGUGAAGGUGAACACAUCAGAAGAAAUCUAUAAUGCAGUACGGACAAGUGACAGCAUCAACAUGGUACUGCGCAGAGGUCAAGACCUCCUGAUGCUGCACAUGACAACUGAGUUCACAGAAUAACAUAAACCAGACUCAGUAUUUUGCCUUAUGGAAAAGUUGCAGAAGAGAAAUAUACAAAAAGGAAGAUUAAAAAAAAAGAUUAGGAUGUCAAAUGUUCUGAAGGGAGACAGAUCCGUUGGCAGGGUUCAUUAAAUGGGGACAUACAGAAAAUAAUUUGUACUGUACAUGGGGGGGUUUGGUGUUUCCUUAACAUUGACACAACCCCCCACCCCCCUCUAAAGAUUGCGUUGUUACACCCAUGCUUGGGUGUAUGUUAGCAAUGAGUUUAUAUUAAAUUCUAAGUUGAAAAUGUCACAAGGAUUCUUGGGACAAAUUUUUCCUCAGUUAAUGUGGCUUGUUGAAAGUGAUGUUAUGGGGCAGAUGUGCACACAUACAGGUUUUAGACAAUAUAUUGGAAUGAGAGAGAAAAAUGUGAGACAUUAAACACAUUGCGAACGAAGGCUAGUAUUUUUGAACAGGCAUCCGUGUGUAUAUGACUCAAAGCCAUUGAAAUGAUGCUGUGAGCACAUUUGAGCCUUAGACCUGGAAACAAAAAUAUGGUGUGUGUGUUUUUUUUUUUUUUAUAAUGUUUUACACUUGUAUGAGAAAACCAUGACAACACACCAAUCCAUACUUUGUUGCGUAAUAUUGCUUUUAAGCUUGCAGCUGUUCCAAAUAUUUUCUGUUUAUAAAAAUGGCCCAUUUACAGCUAGAAAGUUCAGCAUGAAGUCAAAGCUGGCCCAAUUUCUUACCACUGAUUUUGUUUAUCCCUGUACAUGUGAAGGAGGGGUUUUUAAUUCUGUGUUCUGUCUUUGACAUACAUUUAGACAUGGGUUUUCCCCCGCUUAAAGUAGCAGUAAAUGAUUACGUUUGAAACAGUGUUGGAGAAAUUAUUCUCAUAAGUUUUCUGAAGGCCACGAGUGGUCCUAAUGCACCUGUACAUCAGGUUUCUAGUGCACACUUUGGCAUACAUUGUGUUAUAAAAUGAACAUAACUUUGACUGCAAUUCUGUUUGAAACAAAAAAUACAAAUAAACUUCUAAUGUUAAAGAACUCAGAAGAAUAUUUGCUAUACAAAAGCGAGUAAAGUGAAAUGUCAGGAGCCAGUCAGCAAGAUUUCAUUAAUUAAAAAGCAGUUUACUUGGGUAUGUAUAAUUAAAAGUAAAAAAAAAAAAAAAAAAAAAAAAAAAAAAAACUUUGUUCAUUCACUAUCUUGUAUGGUUCAUGUAGUUAGAAGUAUAAAUAAGUUUUUGUAUUAAAAAAUACAGCAUGAAUAUGUAACAUAAUUUUACAAAAGCCACAGAAAAGUACAUAAUGCUUUUAAACCCAGAAAU